UUUGAAUCCAGCGAUCCGAGUUCAAAUCUCGGUGGGACCUGCUGCAAAGUCUUUUUUUUUGUAUUUAAUUAUUCAAACUGUUUUUGAAUAUUGAAUUGAUAUAGAUGCUAUGUAUUCGUAUUGAAAUUUGGAGUUCGUAAGAAUUAUAUUGCGAUUUAAUUGACAAUAAGUCGAAUACUUAAAUAACAGGAAUAAGCAAAGAUAUAAGAUCAGAAGUUGUGUGUCAGAAAAUCUAUAUUUGCCCACGGCCUAUAUAAAACUCACGUUAUAAUUGCUAACGCAAUUGUGAUAAAGUAAACACAUGACAUUUAUAUACUGGAACAUUUUUGAAAUUUAACUGUGAAUUCAAAGAAAUGACUGAGCAAUGCGACUCUGUGGUAGUUAUCAAGGCAAAGCCUGAUCGUAAGGUUUACAAACCUGUGAGAGCCAGUAAAAUUCCUGAUGAACUUUCAAACGAUCCUUUGCUAAACACUGCCAUAAAUGCUUUACCAUCAAAUUAUAAUUUUGAGAUACAUAAGACGAUAUGGAGAAUCAGGGAAGCCAAGGCAAAGCGAGUGGUUCUUCAAAUGCCAGAAGGCCUUCUAAUGUAUGCUACAACUAUAGCUGAUAUUAUCGAAGAUUUUACUGAAGCAGAGACUGUUAUCAUGGCUGAUGUCACUUAUGGAGCCUGUUGUAUAGAUGAUUAUACAGCAAGAGCGUUGGAUGCGGACUUCCUGAUUCAUUAUGGACAUUCAUGUCUCAUACCUGUGGAUCAGACUGUUGGUAUCAAAGUACUCUAUGUGUUUGUGACUAUAAGAAUUGAUAUUUCGCAUUGUGUGGAAUGCCUGCGAGUCACUCUGCCUGUUACUGCAAAAUUAGCGCUAUGUGGUACAAUACAAUUUGUUACGACGAUACAAGAUGUGGCAUCAAAGCUGAGAAAAGAAGGUUACGAAGUUUCAGUGCCACAGAGCAAGCCACUUAGUCCUGGAGAAAUUUUAGGAUGCACAGCACCGCAAAUUCGGUGUGCUGAUACGAUAGUCUAUAUAGGAGAUGGCCGUUUUCAUUUAGAGGGCACCAUGAUCGCCAAUCCUAGACUGAAAGCAUUCAAGUACGAUCCAUACGCGAAAAAAUUGACCGAAGAGUUUUAUGAUUAUAAGACAAUGUUGAAGACUAGACAUGAGGCGAUACAACAAGCCAUGAAGACCGACAAGUACGCUUUCAUACUUGGCACUCUGGGCAGACAAGGCAGUCCUAAUGUAUUAAGGACUCUGCGGAAUGGAAUGGAAGCUUUGGGGAAGGAUGCCGUCGUCAUACUUUUGUCGGAAAUAUUUCCCGACAAAAUCAAAUUAUUCAAAGGCGUCGACGCGUUCAUACAAAUUGCAUGCCCACGAUUGAGCAUUGACUGGGGUCUCGCGUUCGGGAAACCAUUUCUCACGCCUCAAGAAGGUGCUGUCGCCCUCAGCAUGACAAAACUCAACGAGAAUCAGGACUAUCCCAUGGACUUCUACGCUGCGAACAGCCGCGGACCGUGGACCGCGAAUCACAAGGAAUCUAAGUUAGAAAAGAGCAAUAUCUGCUGCGGUGAAUGUAAGAUGAAUGAAUAAAGAGAAGUUGAAUAUUUUAAA